AUGUUUUUAAGAUGUUUGAGUGUACCCUCCAUCUUCUGUAGUCAUCUAACAAAGUCUGCCAUCAGAAAACUAACAAUGAAAAUCCUGAAUGUUGCUGAGAAAAAUGAUGCUGCUAAAAAUAUCGCUGAGAUUUUGAGUCGUGGAGGGUCACGCAGAAGAGAAGGAUUGUCUAAAUUCAACAAAAUUUAUGAGUUUCAUAUGAACUUAAAUGGCCAAAAUGCGAUUAUGUUAAUGACUUCUGUGUCAGGUCAUUUAACAAACUAUGAUUUCCUCACAAAUUACAAGUCAUGGCAUUCUUGCGACCCAAUGGUCCUUUUUGAUGCACCGAUUGCUAAGCAUGUACUGAAAGAUUAUGAGCCAAUAAAGCAAACAUUGCAGCGUGAAAUAAGAGGCUGCCAAAAGCUAAUCAUAUGGACUGAUUGUGAUCGUGAGGGUGAGAAUAUUGGUGUCGAAGUAAUUGAUGCAUGUAGAGAAGUUUCACCAAACAUCGAAGUCCUUCGUGCUCGAUUUUCUGAAAUUACGCCUUCAGCUAUACACCGUGCUAUUAAUCAGCUUACAACUCCUGAUUAUAAUGCCAGUGCAGCAGUAGAUGUACGGCAAGAGUUAGACUUACGUAUUGGUGCUGCAUUCACACGAUUUCAAACUUUACGAUUAAGACGAGUUUUCCCUAGAGCUUUAAGUGAUCAAUUAAUCUCUUAUGGUUCUUGCCAAUUUCCAACUCUUGGCUUUGUUGUAGAACGUUUUCGAGAGGUUGAUCGGUUUGUUCCUGAACCAUUUUGGCGUAUAGUAGUUACUGUGUCACGAAAUGAAAAGUCAACAGAAUUUAAUUGGCAACGUGGGCGACUAUUUGAUCAAGAUUGUUGCAGAGCAUAUUAUGAACAUUUAUGUCAAAAUCGUUAUGGUCAAAUUGUAGAAAUCAAUAAACGUCCUAAAUCUAAGUGGCGUCCAACUCCACUAGACACUGUGGAAUUGGAAAAAUUAGCAUCUCGUAAAUUGAGAAUGGGAGCGAAAUAUGCGAUGCAACUGGCUGAACGUCUUUACACUAAAGGUUUUAUUUCAUAUCCACGUACUGAAACUAAUAUAUUUCCACCCGAUAUGGAUCUUAAAAGUCUUGUACGCAUUCAAACAGAAGAUUCUCGUUGGUCUGGCUUUGCAUCAAGGAUUCUUGAACGUGGUCCUAAUCCUAGAAAUGGAAAGUCAACUGAUAAGGCUCAUCCACCUAUCCAUCCACUAAAGACAGGCGGUCAACUUCAAGGUGAUGAAGCACGUUUAUAUGAAUUAGUAGCUCGUCAUUUCCUAGCCUGUCUUUCAGCUGAUGCGGAAGGCGCUGAAACUAUAGUUCGUCUAUGUGUUGGUAAACCUUCUCUUCCUAGGACAACACCAACAAAUUCAAGUCAAUUACUUACCUCAGAAGAUGGAGAAAUGUUUGAAUCUAAAGGUCUUAUGAUAUUAGCACCAAACUAUUUAGAAAUCUACAUAUAUGAUCGUUGGACUGAAAAAGAUAUGCCAAUUUUCCAAUUAGGUGAAUGGAUUUUACCAAAUAAUAUAGAAAUGGUUACUGGUCAAACAAGUCCCCCACCUUUAUUAACAGAAGCUGAUCUUAUUUCACUUAUGGAUCGUCAUGGAAUAGGUACAGACGCUACGCAUGCAGAACACAUUGAAACAAUCAAACAAAGAUUAUAUGUUGGCUUAGAACAGAAUAAAUUUCUUGUCCCUGGCCAAUUAGGCAUGGGAUUAGUUGAAGGUUAUGAUUCAAUGGGUUUCGAUAUGUCUAAGCCUAAUUUACGAUCUCAAUUUGAAGCUGAUCUAAAGUUGAUAUGUGAAGGUCGAAGACAAAAGACGGUGGAAGUAUUACGUUACCAUUUGAGUAAAUACAAAGAAUUAUUUCGUAUAGCUAUCCAACAAGCUUCACUAUUGGAUAGAGCAUUAGCUAUUCGAUUAGAACAAGAAGCAGAAAAUGUUCGAAAUAUAUCUGGUAGUGUCGGUGAGAUGGCGUCUUUCUCUUCCAAUAUCAAUAAUAAUACCGCUUCUACUGGGAGUUCUAGUCAAGGCAAUACUGGUUCAGCUUCAUUUAUUGCUUCUUGUCCAGCCUGUCGAUCAGACUUAGUACUUCGUCAGAAACGUAGUGCCUUACGUCCGAUAACAACUGGUUCGAAUCAAUCUGAUAAUUAUGGUUCAAUGGAAAUUGGUCAGACAAACAAUGGUGGUUGGUUUCUAUCAUGUUCUAGUUAUCCAAACUGUCGAUAUGCAAUUUGGUUCCCUGAUUCUGUUGUACAUGUUCGCAUUUUACCGGAAUCGAAUGCAACAACAUGCAGCCAGUGUACGAAUUAUAUUUCACCAUCAGUAAUACAUUCUUCAAAUCGUUCAGGCCCGUCGAAGUUAGGUUUACGCUUUCGACGUAAUUUCCAUCUGCCGAAUGGUUAUUUUCAAGACGAUGAUAAUAAAGAGUAUAUCACUUGUAUAUUUUGUGAUGAAGAUUUCUGUAGAAUAUUAGGAAUUCGUAUUCCACCAGUUCCCCCUACUCCCACUCCCACUCCCACUCCUGCUUCUGUAAAUAAUAAUAACAGCACCAAUAACUCAUCUCACUCUACAAAUCCAUUUGGUACACGUACAAACCAGUCAAGACAAAUGAUAACUGAUCAAAGUGUGCCCACAUUCCAACAGACAAGAAGUUUAUCUACAUUAGCACCACCACCACUAUCGCAUACAUCUGCAUUUUCUUCACUUUCUACGAUGAAUAAUGAUAAUUAUGAGCCUUUCUCGCCAAAUAGCCUAUCCAAUAUAAGUGGUAAUUCUACUUCACGUUCAUUUCCAUCAGUUAGUAGUACUAAUUUUCGUUCACCACCUAGAACACAAUCAAUAGAUAAUGAACAUGAUUCAGAUAGCAAUAAUAAUGUACUUUGUAAUUGUGGUCAGCCAGCUAUACAAUUGACUGUUCGUAAACCUGGACCUAAUCAAGGUCGUUUAUUUUACCGAUGUUCUGGUAGUACAGGUAAUACAUGUGAUUUCUUCCUGUGGAAAACUUCAGCAACUUCACUAAUGGAUACUAAUCCUCCUUUAUAUUCUAGUACUCAAGUACCACAAAGAAAUAAUGAUACAGAUAUAUGGUCUCGUCCAACGAACACUUUCAGUAGUGUAAAUUUGACCAAUGAUAGAUUAGUAACCUCUGGUCUUGGUACUUCCGAGUCAACUUCAUCUGGUGUUGUUUGUCGAUGUGGAGAACCUGCAAAACUCUGGCUGGGCUCAUAGUUCCCCGUAAUCUCUCAUCUCUUCUUCCUCCUCAACACACUAUCUCGUUCAUAUCGCCCUCGCACUGACGACCCACU